UUGAAUUUCUUGGUGAAAGUAGUCGACGGCGAUGUAGCACUGGUUCGUUUUGAUAUAAGUGCUGAGAAGUUUGUAAAGAGUGUUUUACCGUUUAUCACUAACAUCGGUGGCACUGAAGUCGUAUUGCGCUCCCUUUUUGUCGGUCGGAGUAUUAGAGCUUGCGAAAAGUUUCUAAUAAAGUACCGAAGAAAUGAGUUAUAUGGGAUGUUGAAACAUGCAGUUACUGGAGGUGAGCGUUUGCAAUUAACGGACAUGCUAACUGAUCAGCAGGAGAACUAG